AUGGCGGUUUUCUUUCUUCCUCUCUUCUUCCUAUGUGUUUCUGGUCAAGAGCUGUUGCAAAUCUUAAGUCUCCAUCAACAUGAUUCAACUACAGAGCCACUGCAAAUGUCUCUGGGAGUAACCGUGCACCAGGAGAAGCUCAAUGAGGUCUCGACAAGCGUUUUAAUGGCGGAAAAAUGGCUUAGAGCUCAUGUUUUGUCGAUUUACCCUUCCACAAACGUAAACUCCAUUGUGGUAUCGAAUAAGCUCCUCUGUGACGAAAAUGGGUUUGGAAAUCAUGAAGAAAUUUCAGGAUUUACAGUUGCUGCAAUGGAGAACAUUCAUCAUUCUCUUGUUAGAUGGGGUUUAGAGAAGAAAAUUAAAGUUUCUGUUUUUAUUACCUCAAAAUGCUUACAGAAUUCGUACCUUAAACCUGUUUUUGCGUUUUUGGAAGAGAUGAACUCGACUUGCACCAUGAAAUUACCUGAUUUCUCCGACGAAACUUUCGGAAUUUUGAGUUCUCAGUUGACAUCCUUGGCGGAUUUGGGUGUUUUCCGGUCAAAAACGUUGAAUAUUUUGUCUUCUGUGUCGAAACCCACAUCGAGAAAGCUAUCAUUUAUUGAUCCGGUGUCGGUGGUUGGUUAUUCUGUUCCCUCCGAUGCCGCCACCACACCUCUCCCACCGCUCAUCGGCAUUACUUCACCGCCGCCGCUUACUCCACCUUUGGCGCCGGAGAUGCAACCUCCGAUGACGAGUCCGAUGUACAGCUCACCACCGCAUUAUGGUGUGAACCUGCCGCCAUGCAACCCUCAUCCACGCGGCAGACACGGUGGUGGUGCAAUGGCUGCACCUCCACCCCUGGUGGGAAGUGGUGGUUCAACUGCGGCUCCUCCCUUUUCAAAUGAAGGAGUUUGGUGCGUGGCUAAACCCAGUGUGCCGUCGGAAAAGUUGCAGGAAGCCAUGGAUUAUGCUUGUGGUGAAGGCGGCGCCGAUUGUGAAGCGAUUAGUCCCACCGGAAGUUGUUAUUUUCCGGACUCCAUUGUUGCUCAUGCUUCUUAUGCUUUCAAUAGUUACUGGCAGAAGAACAAGAAUAAUGGUGGAACAUGUGGAUUUGGAGGGACGGCCAUGCUCAUCAAUUCGGACCCAAGUUUUCUUCAGUGCCAUUUCACGCUUGAGUAAGUUCGGGAGGUUUUGUCGAUGUGGGCGGCGGCGAUGGUGGUGGUUCAAGAAGAAAUUAGUGGUCAAAAUCUGUUUUUUUGUUUAAUUGAGGCAUGAAGUGUAGUUGAUUAGAAAAUAGUGAACAUUAUAUUAUGAUUUGGAAAUUGUGGUGGUUUUGAUGGUGGUUUU